UUGGUUGACAACUGACUACUGCUCUGUUGUUCAGUACAAAUUGAAGGAAACAACACCGACAAUAAAUUACAGAUAAAUAAUUAAUAAUUUAAUCCUAAAUACUCCAACUAGCUCCGAUAUCAAACGAUAUUCGUGACAGCUGAAAGCAAGGGAACCUCAGGCAUACGAAGGUUUGUUUUUUCUAGUAACCAUGCUAGCAUUGCUAGCAAAGUAGCCAGCGUCUCGUCGCCUCGUCUUCAUCUUCAUGGGUCUCUGCUGUUGAGUCUGCCAGGCUUGUGCUGGAGGCAGAAGCUAACAAAUUAAUGCCAUCGGCCAGGAACUCCGGUCAUAUUAUGAGUGGGGCGAGUUGCAAAGCUAACGGCGCUGUGUACCCCGCCUCAUCAGCAAUGAUGAACUCUGUGAAGAAGCCGAAGAUGGAGCAGAUUCAGGCCGACCAUGAGCUAUUCCUACAGGCCUUUGAAAAACCAACUCAGAUAUACAGAUUCCUCCGCACAAGGAAUUUGAUAGCACCAGUAUUUUUGCACAGGACGCUCACUUUCAUGUCUCACAGAAACGGCCGAACAAAUGCCAAAAGGAAAACAUUCAAAGUGGAUGAUAUGUUGCAGACAGUUGAGAGGAUGAAGGGAGAGCAGGAUUCUUCAAGUUUGUCUUCACAUCUACAAUUAACCUUCACUGGGUUCUUCCAUAAGGAUGAAAAGCCAUCUCAGAAUUCAGAAAAUGAACAAAAUUCUGUGUCCUUAGAGGUGCUACUUGUCAAAGUCUGCCAUAAAAAACGCAAGGAUGUCAGCUGCCCGAUAAAGCAAGUGCCUACAGGUAAAAAGCAGGUGCCUUUGAAUCCAGACAGUAACCAAACCAAGCCUGGCUCCCACCCUUCCUUACUGGUCUCCAGCAACGAGUUUGAGCCCAGCAACAGCCACAUGGUCAAGUCCUACUCGCUCCUGUUCAGGGUGUCACGCACAGGGAGGAGGGAUACUAAUGGUCUGGUCAACGGAGAGGCCAACGAGAACAUUGAUGUAACAGAUACUCCUAGUAGAAAGAAGAGAAGUUCAUCCCAUAGAGAUGAGGGAGAGACUACAGAGACCUUUGUUGCACAGAUGACUGUCUUUGAUAAGAAUAAGAGAUUGCAGCUGCUGGAUGGGGAAUACGAGGUGUCCAUGCAAGGGAUGGAGGACAGCCCUGUCAGCAAGAAGCGGGCUACGUGGGAAACCAUUCUUGAUGGAAAGAGACUGCCACCAUUUGAGACAUUUUCUCAGGGACCCACAUUGCAGUUCAUGCUGCGUUGGACAGGUGAUGCUAGCGGAAAGUCCACUGCUCCCGUGGCAAAGCCCCUUGCUACACGCAACUCCGACAGCUCCAGCCCCAUGGAGACUAGAACCAGCAAUCACCGAGCUGCCCUCAUGACAGUGAAAGAGUCAGUCAGCACAGACAUUCAGACGAGGAAAGAGCAGGUCCUGUGUGAGCCGCGGCAGAAGCUACGUAUAUUUUAUCAGUUCAUGUACAACAAUAACACGCGGCAGCAAACCGAGGCGAGAGAUGAUCUUCACUGUCCCUGGUGUACCCUGAACUGCAGCAAACUCUACAGCCUGCUCAAACACCUCAAACUCUCCCACUCUCGCUUCAUCUUCAACUAUGUGCCUCACCCCAAAGGAGCAAGGAUAGACGUGUCCAUCAAUGAGUGCUAUGACGGCUCGUACGUUGGCAACCCUCAGGACAUCCACAGCCAACCCGGCUUUGCUUUCAGCCGUAAUGGCCCAGUUAAGAGGACUGCCGUCACUCACAUACUGGUUUGCAGGCCCAAGAGAACUAAACCAAGUCUGUCAGAGUUCCUGGAGUCUGAGGACGGAGAGUUGGAGCAGCAGAGGACCUAUGUCAGCGGACACAACCGCCUCUACUUCCACAGUGACAGCUGCAUGCCCCUGCGGCCCCAGGAGAUGGAGGAGGACAGCGAGGACGAGAGAGAUCCAGAGUGGCUCAGAGAGAAGACUGCCACGCAACUGGAUGAGUUCACGGAUGUCAAUGAGGGAGAAAAGGAAGUGAUGAAGCUGUGGAACCUGCACGUCAUGAAGUAUGGAUUCAUAGCAGACAACCAGAUGAAUCAGGCCAUCAUGCUGUUCGCGGAGAACACUGGUGCUCACAUCAUCCGGCGCAACCUCUGCCGCAACUUCCUCCUGCAUCUGGUCAGCAUGCACGACUUCAACCUGGUGACCACAGCCACCAUUGACCGCGCCAUGGCCCGCCUGCGACAGAUCCAAGAAGAGCUUCCAGACCACGAGGAGGAGCAGCAGGACCAGACUGUGGUAUCAGCAGGCGCCUGCAAUGGCAAUGCCGUCACCUCCACCGGAGGGAAACAGGGCAAGAGGACAAAAAGCGCACUAACAGACUGAUGUAGGAUGGACGGAUGGAUAGAACAACAACUGUUGUGUUUUGUUUUCUUCUUCAAUGAACAUUACCAACCCUUUGGUGCUUAGAUAGGUGGGAUAACUGGUCUGUGCAGAAUCUGACCUGAAGCAGACCAGCAUACAAGGUAAACAAGUUUUUGGAACUUGAGAACUGAACCAAAUAUGAACAAUAUAAAAGUGAAUCACCCACAUCGACACAAACCAGGAAUUUGAGGACUGGGUGAUGUAAGUUGAACCUACUAAAUAUGCAUUUUGUAGGAGCCGCUGAAGUGUUUGGGUGAGAGAGUGAACAAACUUGUCUUUUGAUGUGGCACGACUACCUGUGGUAUGUCCAUGUUAUAGACAACUGUAUGAAGACUACAGUUCAAACUGUACAGGUAACAUUGUCACUCUUGAUUAUUUGUACACAUACACAAUAACCUUGUUGACAACUUAUCCUUUUAGCUGAUUAUUUUAGCACUUGGUGUUUGUAUUUAGAAACGUUACCUUGAAAUUGUCCUUUUUUUUCUUUCAAUUCAUGCUGCGCUAAUUGUUAAAUGCAGCUUCUUUACUGUCGGUGGAGAAAUGUUAGUGGGUUUAUUUUCACUGUUGUGAAUGACAUUUAAUUUGAAGGGUCAUACAGUAACAGUAAAAAUCUACACUAUUGGCAUCAAUGUCUAGAGUAUAUAAAGCCUGUAAGGCUUGUGUUAGGCCCCCAAAAUGAAUUGUGGGUUUUGGUAGGUUGCCAUGACAAUAGUGAUGUACCGUAAGCUUUGAUUCCUGAACAAGAGAAUAAAUUCUGAUUUGGGUCCAUGCUAAAACUCCUGCAUGUACUUCAUCACCCCUAAGCCUGUUGGCCUGCAUUGAUAAAGCUCAAGGAAAGCCAGGGAAAUCCACUCUUCUUUUUUUUUUUUUGAAGAUUUACUGAAACAACCAGCAGCACAUCACCCCAUGUUUUGUGCAGAGUGCAUAGCAUUCAAGAUAUAGAAGUCAAGUUUUCUGAUGACCUGUAGUUUUUCAACUUUUGAGGUUUGAACAUGUUGCAAUCGCAAUGUUAAACGUGUUUCAAGAUGGGUUCUGCGUGUCAGUAGCUAUUGACAGAAAAUGUUUCCAUGUACUCACGUCAAAUGUUUAGCUGUGCCCUUUUCUGAAUCCAAUAAUUAACAGAUUGUAGUUCUUCUCUCAAAGCAAUAUAUAGGUCUGUUUUCUGUCCUGUUAGGUGCAAUUUAUGCCAAAGGCAGAUAUUUUCAUCAGUCUCUUAGUUCUGUAUAUUAUUUAGCAUCUUUUGUUCAUUCCAUAAUGAGUUUUGAAGAGAGGAAAAAAAGCAGCAGUAGUUGUGUUUUGUAGUGUGCACAUUAAUUGGUAAUCAUCACCACUCAUUGUUUCAUCAGACUUCCCUUGUGGCCAACCAAACAAUAUAAUUUUCCUCCCUCCAUUAUUCAUGAAAGGUUUCUGUAUUCAUCUGGGAAAUGGGAGACCUAUUCACUAUCAUUGUUAAAACACCCUGUUAAAUUGUGAUCUGUACACUCUGGCUAGGGGGAUUUUUAUAUUUAAAGAAAUAAAAUACAUUUGACCUUAA